CAUUCAUUCAUCACCGACACACCUAACAGCACCAUGAGAGCCAGGAUGAGACUGUUGCUGCUGGUUCUUGCAGCGACUGUUUGUUUGUCAUAUGCUCAGACCAACAACGUCAGCAAUGACAGCAAGCCUCAGCCGCAGCAGCCACAGCAGCAGCAGCAGCAGCAGCAGCAGCAGCAACAGCAGCCGCAGCAGCAACAGCAGCAGCAGCAGCAGCAGCGAAGCAUCUGGGAUGAGCCUAUUAGAUUCACCACCAAGACCAAGGACUCCUGUACCAUGGUGGUGUCUGGAGCUGGGGACUAUACUCGCCUGCGUGUCACUUGCAAAGGUCCCAGCCAGGGCCAGACCCCGGCACGCUCCUACUACUGCGACUUCCAGGGGAAACCCAACCUGUGCCGUGCCUACAACCUCAACCCUCGCCACUACUUCACCCAGUUGAUGUGGGAGAUGAGGAAGCUGAGCCACGCCUGCCAGGGACCCAAAGUCUACCGCCCACAGAUGUGCAAGAAAUACCCCGACGAGGCCCAGAUGACCUUCAUGAGCUCCUGGCCCAAGCCCAGCACCCCCAAGCCCAGCACCCCCAAGCCCUCCAAGCCCGUGCAGGAGCAGCGCAAAGUGGUGGUGCCCGCUCAGGUCAAGCCCGUCGCCACUCCUAAGCCUGUCAAGCCCCAGCCCCAGCAGCCCGGCAAGCCCCAGCCAGGCAAGGCCCCCCAGACCAAGAAAGCUACCCCCAAGCCUGCGAAGACCACUACUCGUCCCACAGAGCAGACCGACUCCAAGGCCUCCCGCAUAGCUACAGAGUACUGCUGGAAGAGCUUCCACGGCGUGUGCAGCUACUUCAUCAGCUGGUUCCAGAACUGAGAUGAUUCUGCAGACAAAGGUUGGAUUCAUAAGCGUCAGAUCCGGUCAGAACUCCUCUCGUCUACAUUUGACCACUCCAGGAUCUGAACGGGAGCCUCGUCAUCUCAUGGCCUUGUGAGGUCCCACUCCCCAUACUCCGCACGCAGCAUCUCACAGGCUGAGCUCACAUCACCCAACCUGCACCUGUGCACGGUUAACAAGGUUAACAGAUGACUGCUUAGAUCUGUAAAACACUCACAGCAAGGCUAAGGGAAAAUACUGCAGGCGUGUGAUUCUGUUUGUAUAUGAUGUAAAGUUCCCUCUUUUUAUCGCACACUCAGAUGUUUCGACAACAUUUAUUACUCCAGGAA